AUGUGUUGGAUUUGCUGGAGGACGCACAGCGAGGAGGUGAUAGUUACCCUGCCAGCGUAUUGUACGUUCGGCCGACAUAUUUGGAGGGCUUCUGUACCUUUCACAUGCCUCGAUAUUGUGGAGCAUCAUGCCUCAGAGCGGGUUUUUCGUCAGUUUGGCCUUCCGCAGCCUAUACCGACUCCGCCUGCAUGGCAUCCUUUACAUUAUGAGAGGGAUGAUCGGUCCAGGGUGGACGACACAUUUAUUGACUGGCUUAACGCCCAGCUGGCUAUUUGGGACAGGCGAGGUGACUUAAACCCACCUCCGCAGCACUUUCCUAUUGAAGGUUAUAUGGCAUGGUACCGCACUGUUUCCCGACUUUUUAUCGGGAACCCAGUUCAUCAGGCAGAAGGUCGGUACGUCUCAUACGCCGGGAGACACGAGGCUCUGGCGAUUGGAUUGCAUACCCGAGGUCGUGGUAUCCCACGAGGUGGUGGUGCCCGAGGAGGUGGUGGUGCCCGACGAGCUGCUGGUGCCCGACGACCUCGUGCUGCCCGAGGAGGUGGUGUUCAGCAGGGGGGCCAUGAUGCUCCUAACGAUGAUGUUGCUGCUGAUAUGACAGGUGCAUGCAUGAGACUGACAUGCCAUCUUACAGCCUGA